AUCCAUGUUAUGAGCAAUGUUUGUUUAGGUUAAAACUACACAACUAAACUGCAACUGCAUUAACAAAAACCAUAUUGAUACACAUUGCGUGUGUUAUACUAUUACUGUCAGUAGAAAACCGUAUAUAUUUCUUAUAAUAUUUAAAUAUAUAAUUUAUAUUAUCGUCGAAAAAUUUGGGAGAGAAUGGAUUCCACUCAAGUCGAAGAUUUUUUCUCAAACAUCAUGAAAACAGAGCAAGAAACUUCUGCUGGAAUAGCUGCAAUCAGGACUUUGUUGGAGUAUUUAAAGCAUGAUGAAUCAAAAACAGUUGUUGAACUUCGAGAGAAUCUCAGAUCUGUCAUUGAUGUUAUGACCAACACAGACUACCCUACAACUGCAGUCGUCUCUGGCUCGGAACUCUUCUUACGAUUCAUCACUCUGGCAGCUGGUCUUGAUAAAGGGUCGUUUGAGGAGUGUAAAGAAAUUAUGAUCAAGAGAGGCAGAGUGUUUCUUCAGAAGCUGAUGUGUUCUCGAGGCAGGGUUGCUAAGCUGGCUGCUGCUUUUAUCACAGACGGAACAUGCAUCCUUACACACUCAAGGUCAAGAGUGGUUCUACAAACAAUGAAAGAAGCAGCUGACUCACACCGAAGGUUCAAAGUAUAUGUGACAAAAUCAUCCCCUGAUAGCAGUGGAGACGAGAUGGCUAAAGAGUUGAUGUCGCUUGGAAUUCCUUGCACCGUCAUUCUGGACUCCGCAGUGGGCUACGUGAUGGAACAUGUGGACAUGGUCAUGGUCGGGGCCGAAGGUGUAAUGGAGAGUGGUGGUAUUGUCAAUAAGGUUGGCAGUUUUACAAUGGCUUUGUGUGCAAAGGCAAUGAAUAAACCGUUUUAUGUUCUAACUGAAAGUUUUAAAUUCGCUCGCCAGUUUCCUUUGAACCAACGAGAUCUUCCCGACCAAUACAAGUACAGGUCCAGUAUCCUAGGAGGAGACCUAACCAAGGAACAUCCACUGGUAGACUACACUCCUCCAUCACUGAUAACACUACUGUUUACUGAUCUAGGGAUACUUACACCUUCUGCAGUCAGUGACGAACUUAUCAAACUGUAUCUGUGAUGUUUAACUUUGUAAUUGUAAAUAAAUACUGUUUAUUAUU